AUGGCUAGAGCAACAGUAAAAUCAGGUACAAUAAACCUCCUCAACACAAUAAUUGGAGCAGGAAUCCUAACAAUGCCAUAUGGAUUAAAAUCAAAUGGUUUAAUAUUUGGAUGUUUUUUAAUAAUUUUAAGUUCAUUAACAUCAUCAUUUGGAUUAUAUUUACAAAAUAAAGUAGCUAAAUAUACAAAUCAAAGAGGUAAUGUAUCAUAUUUUAGCUUAUCACAAUUAACUUAUCCUAAUUUUUCAAUAUUAUUUGAUUUAGCUAUACUGAUAAAGUGUUUUGGAGUUGGUAUAUCAUAUUUAGUUAUAAUUGGAGAUUUAAUGCCAAAAAUAAUGGAAACUUUAGAAGUAAAUAAGGAAUCAAUUUUUUUAAAAAGAAAUAUUUGGAUUUCUAUAUUUAUGUUUUUUAUAAUAACCCCAUUAUCAUUUUUAAAAAAAUUAAAUAGUUUAAAAUAUACAAGUAUAUUAGCUUUAUUUUCAGUUGGUUAUUUAAUUUGUUUAGUUGUUAUAAAAUAUUUUGAAAUUAUUGUACUAGAUAAAAAUCAUUUAAAUCAUAAAAUAAUAUGGUUUGGUCCCAUAAGUUGGAAACAAACUUUAAGUUCAUUUCCAAUGUUUGUAUUUGCUUAUACUUGUCAUCAAAAUAUGUUUGCAAUAAUAAAUGAAUUAAAACCUCAUGAAAAAGAUGGUUCACAAACAAGACAAUCAAAUUUAAUUAUUAGAAAUGCCAUAGUUAUUGCUCUUGUGUCAUAUUUAAUAGUUGGAAUAUUUGGUUAUUUAACUUUUGGUAAUGAUGUAAAUUCAAAUAUUAUAUCAAUGUAUCCAAAAUCUUCAAUAAGUUCAUUAAUUGGUAGAUUAUGUAUUGUUAUAAUGGUUGCUUUAUCAUUCCCAUUACAAUGUCAUCCAUGUAGAGGUUCAAUAAAUCAUGUUUUACAUUUUUUAACAGAAGGUUAUAAUGAUUUAAAAUUAAGAAAAAAAAUAAGUUUUAAUAAUUUAACAAACAAUCAAAAUUCAAAUUCUUCAAAUACUACUACAACUCCUCAUGGAUAUACUUCAUUAACAUCAGAUAUAGAAAGUUUAAAUUCAAUCAAUGAAAAUAGUAUAAUUGAUGAAUCAUUUAUAUCAACAACUCCAAUGGAAGGAGCACAAGAUUUAGAAGGUCAUGAUCCAAUUAUAAUACCAUUAACAAAUAAAAAAUUUUAUAUAAUAACAACUUUUAUAUUAAUUGGUAGUUAUAUAAUUGCAAUAUCUAUAAUAUCAUUAGCAAAAGUUUUAGCAUUUGUUGGUAGUACUGGAUCAACUUCUAUUUCUUUUAUAUUACCUGGAUUAUUUGGUUAUUUAUUAAUUAAAAAUCCAAAUAACUCAAGUGAUAAUAAUAAUGAAGAAUUAACUAAGUUAGAAAAAUUUUGUAAAUAUGGUGGGUUAGCUUUAGCUAUAUGGGGAUUUGGAGUAAUGAUUAUUUGUUUAAGUGCAACUAUAUUUUUAGGUGCAACUCAUUAA